GUACGAUUGGGGUGAGCAACAUAAAGCAUGAAAAGAUCACUAACAUGAGAUUUUUAGGACUCACGUUCGGACAAGAGGUCGAACUGGUCUGGGUGAGCGCACUCCCACAUCAAAAGAACGAUAUGGAAACAACACAACUAAUUUACGGCAGAGGCAGCGUUGGUCCCUGAUGACCGUUCUGUAUUUUGUUGCACGUUAUGUUGCAGUAGGGCACGCUGUGAUCAACAUAUUGUUCAGUGUUCCAACAUUUUCGGUGACAGAUGCAGUGAGCCUCGUCAUAUUCAAUGCACUUGAUUGGACGGACGAGGUUGUAAAUAUAAUACUAGGCGUCAUCAUGAUUACUCGGUUGCAUGCCAUGUAUCAGCGAUCUAGAAAGGUGCUGAUAUUUCUCGUUGUCAUUUUUCUGGCCACCAGAAUCGCCAAUGUAGUGAUGGGCGCAAUAAUGACGAUGGAUACUUCAGGAGAGGAAUUCGUUCUCUCAGGCACCUAUCUGUGUCUGACUGAGUAUGCGGGAGAUUCCGCAUUUUUGGCUUGCAUGACUUGGGUACUUGCCACUGUAUGGGAGGUCCUUGCACUGUGUCUCGCAGUCUGGAUUGCUGUGAAGCACUUCCGUGAACUGCGACAACACUCGUCAGGAGGUAUUAUCGGGGACUGUUUUACGGUGUUGAUGCAAACUCACGUUAGUUACUUUGCGAGCUUUUUUGCUAAUGCUUGCUUCCGUAUCGGUUUAUUCUCUCCAACGCUCGUAGCGAAUGCAUUUUCCCUGGACGUUCAAAUUUAUUAUGGUUUUACUCAAAUCUUCGUCGCUGCGCAGCUGUCUGUGCUAGGACCACGCCUCAUCCUUGGCGUUCGAGAAUACCACGCCAAGCUCGUGGCCGACUCCGAUACAGCAACUGCUAUGACUUCAAUUGCUUUCCAAGAAAGAGUUCGUGUAGAAACUGACAGUAGUGUGUAA